AUAAAAACACUAGGCCAGGGAAUAACAUUACACUCUUCUAAUAACCUAGAAAAUCCUUCAGUGAAUACGUGCUAAAAUGCUGCUGAUUUUGUUGGUCUGUGUUUUUGUUGGUGGAAGUUUUGCCGGAAAUCCUGAUGAGAAUGAAGGCAUCAAGAAUGCAAAUCUAUUCGAAGGAGACAUGAUCCUGUCUAAUGAUCAAAAGCUAUCUGCGAAACUUGGUCUUGAUGUAGACUCCGGUAGCGCUCGUGGAUCCAUUAGGACGGGACAUUGGCCUGGUGGAGUACUGGUGUACGACAUCGCACAGUCUCUCCAAAGAGAUAGUCGAGCAAUGAACGCCAUAAGAGCAGGAAUGAAAAUGUGGACGGACAAUACUUGCAUUCGGUUCAAACAGAGAACCAACGAGUAUGCUUAUGUGCACUUCCAUAUUGGAAAUGGAUGUUCAUCGGAGGUUGGUACGAAGAACAGACUUCAAUAUCUGAGUCUUGCGUCUGGCUGCUGGAUACCCGGGAUCGUUGCACACGAGAUUGGACAUGCCCUUGGGUUUUAUCAUGAACAGUCGCGUCCUGAUCGCGAUGAUUACGUCACGAUAUAUUUAAAUAACGUUGAUUUUGAUAUGAGAUAUAAUUUCGACAAGUAUCCACGCUCUACCAUUGACUCUCUAAACACCCCGUAUGAUUAUGGAAGCAUCAUGCAUUAUGAUGCAACAGCAUUUGGAAGAGGACGAACCACCAUCGUACCAAAGAGAAAAGGGGUGACUAUUGGUCAGCGAACUUAUAUCAGCAAGAUCGACAUUGAGCAGAUGAACCUGUUGUACAAGUGUAGCGGGACGACAGGGGGGAACGGUGGUUCAACCGGAGGCAACAAUGAUUGUGUGGACAACGAUAAAAACUGCGCUUACUGGGCGAGUAAAGGAGAAUGUGAGAAAAACCCAACUUACAUGCUCAAGGAGUGCAAGAAGAGCUGCAAAAAAUGUUGUAUUGAUGGAGAUAAGAAUUGCCAAUACUGGGCAGGGAUUGGAGAGUGCGAGAAAAACGCUGAUUGGAUGAAAGCAAACUGCAAGAAGAGCUGCAAACAGUGUUAAAUGUAAUGCACGUCUAARAAAACGUAGAUUAAAUUAAUCGUUCACCACA